AUGCCUGCUCCCCACCAUGCACACCCUGGAUUCCACCGCGAGUUCGCCUGGCAAGCAGCCCGUCCUUCAGACCCACUACACCGGCCACGCAAUGAACCAGAAAAGAUCGCCCUGCCGUCGAUUCGACAGGCUUUUCCAGAGCUUCAGCUCCGAGUCCAACCUCAGGACGGUGGCUUGAGGACACCACCCUGCACAACCUCGCCCACUGCUGGGACCAUGACACCACCAGAAUACGUGCAUUCACCAAAUCAGAACAAAAGAAGGCGGCUUUCUUUCGACGAUGACCGGGAGGGUGAGAGAGCCAGUCAAGUGCCCCGACUGUACGCCAGCCCCAGCCGAAUGCCGACCCGACAGCAGUCACCGCCUUCAGCAGGCCCAAGCCGAGUCCACGAGCAAUGGGGAGGAUCGGCGAGAUCCAGUCCGUACAUGACGAGUGGCGCCCUUUCAUCGAUGGAAAUUCGUGAGCGGCGCGAAGCACGCCCAACUCUUCCAAGCCUACCACAUCUGAUGGAACCCACGGCAGCUCCCACGCCGGCACCUAUGCACCGCGUGCGAAGCCACUCUGGAGACGACUACAUGCACGAGCACAUGAGGCCGGGUAUGGGUCACGGCAGCGGGCCUGGGAUGGAAGCCCACGCUCCCGCAUACAGGCAAGCUAGCUACGGAUUUGGCUACCACCACCCGACACGAAUGCAGUCUCUGUCUCUAGGCUCAAUACAUCCAUUUGUUCGAACGCCAUUUUCUUCGGCAGCGUAUGGUCACCAGUUUCAAGACGCCUUCAUGCGCAUGAGCGAACUGGGCAUGGGUAUGAGCGGUGACAGCAAGCAGCGUAAGCGCCGCGGGAAUCUGCCCAAGGAGACGACCGACAAGCUCCGCGCUUGGUUUGUGGCUCACCUGCAUCACCCAUAUCCGACGGAAGACGAAAAACAGGAACUAAUGAGGCAGACUGGCUUGCAGAUGAACCAGAUCUCCAAUUGGUUCAUCAAUGCCCGCCGCCGGCAACUGCCCACCAUGAUCAACAAUGCCCGGGCCGAGUCCGAUGCUAUGACUGGGCGUGGCGACAGCGCCAAGGUCUUGCCGUCUACUGAAAGGCUUGACUACGAACAACAUCACGACAAUAAGAGGCGGGACAGCGUGCCCUUGAGCGACGGCGACGCUAGCCAUUACGAUGAGGUCGACAUUGACGCCCUGAGUCGGCGCAGGGCCUCCAACAUGAAGCGUGGCAGUAUCUGA